UACCAAAAACAGACAACGAAAAAGCAUCUGCGAAUCACUUUUCAUUUGCCAAGAUUGUUUCCGUUUGGUUUCAUUGAGAAACCGCAAGGGAUCUACUCAACAUCAGUGCGGCGAAGUUUACUGCCAGAACUGCAAACAUCACGGUCUACCUGAUUCCCAUGAAUGUUUUAUGAAGCCCCGGAAAGUGACGGAUGAAGAGUUGGAAGAACACAAGAAUGCCAAGUUUUUGUACUUUGAUCUGGAGACGUAUGUGGCGGAAAAUAAAGAGCUGGUUCCUAACCUUGCGGUGGUGCAGGACGAUGAUGGGCACGAAUGGGUUUUCCCUGAGGAUGGCGUGCCUUUGGGAAAGGAUAUUACUGAUUCCUUGUGCGCUUUUCUGUUCCACGAAAGACACCGGGACUUCUACAUUAUCGCUCACAAUUUCAAGGCUUUUGACGGUUACUUUAUUUUGCACUGGCUGCUGCAGAACGGGAUUACUCCAAAUGUUAUUAUGAACGGCGGAAAGCUGAUGCAACUAGAUGUGACAGAGUAUAACAUACGGUUCCGUGAUAGCAUCAACUAUAAUCCGCAAAGCCUAGCCAAAUGGCCGGCGACUUUCGGUAUACCCAAUAUUGGAAAAGGAACCUUUCCGCAUAAGUUCAACCGGAAAGAAAACUGGGACAUAGUCACUCCUUUUCCUGAUCCCGAAGAGUAUGGAUUUUCCACAAUGAACAGGAAAUCCAGAGCAUCAUUUAUGCAGUGGUAUGACGUUGAAUCCAAAGAAAAGAAUCACGUUUUUGAUUUUCGAAAAGAGAUUGUGGAUUACUGCCGGAUGGAUGUGACGGUAUUGCGACUGUGUUGCCAGCAGUUCCGUCGACUAUUCCAAGAAAUUAGCAACGGAUUGUGCCCUUUUGUAUCGGCAAUGACGAUUGCGGGAGUGUGCAAUCGAUUCUGGAAAUCCUUUAUCUUGAAACCGCAACAAAUUGGAUUACUCCCUCAACGCGUUCAUGCCAAGAACCGCAAUCAGUCUGAAAUCGCCAAAAAAUGGCUGGUUUGGAUGGAAUCGCAAGAAAACUGUGGAAUUAAAUCUGUAUUAACUGGAGCAGAACAUCAAAUUGGACCGUACUUUGUUGACGGAUUCCGCCCGGAUAUUAAUCACGUCUACGAAUUCUACGGCUGCUGGUACCAUGGAUGCCCUCGAUGUCAUGCUGGAGAUACUAUACAUCCGCUGCGUAAUUUACCAAUGUCGGAAAUUUAUAAUGAAACAUUGGAGCGGGAAAAGUACAUCCGGAACCAAGGGUAUGGAUUAACCGUCAUCUGGGAGCACGAGUAUCACGACCAAGUAAAGGCGGAUCCCGAAAUGAGGGCAUUUGUCCAGGGACUGUCAUUUGUUGCCCCUUUAAACCCACGUGAUGCUUUUUACGGCGGUCGUACCAACGCCGUCAAGCUCUUCCAUGAAGUGAGCGGUGACGAAAAGAUUAAUUAUUUUGACGUCAACAGCGAGUAUCCAUACGUCAACAAAAAUAAACGGUACCCAAUCGGCCAUCCCACCAUCAUUACCAAAGACUUUGAUGACAUUCGGAACUACUUUGGAGUAGUGCAAUGCCGAAUCCUACCACCCGGAGAUCUGCAACUUCCUGUACUUCCCUACCGCUCGGGUGGAAAGUUAACGUUUCCUUUGUGCCGCACCUGUGUGGACAACUAUCAAAACGCUCAGUGUGAGCACACGGACGAAGAACGCGCUUUAACGGGCACAUGGUGCACGCCGGAAAUUAUUGCUGCUCUGGACCGUGGCUACGUUGUUGUCAAGAUCUAUGAAGUGUGGCAUUUCGACCAACAUGAUGACCACCUUUUCGAGGAAUAUAUCAACAAGUUUUUAAAAAUCAAGACGGAAGCCAGUGGAUGGCCGCUGCAUGUCCAAACCGAGGAGGAGAAGCAACAAUAUAUAUCGGAUUUCAAGCAGCAUGAAAACAUUGAUUUGGAUUAUGACAAAAUUGACACAAAUCUUGGAUUGCGAUCGCUAUCCAAGCUGUGCCUGAACAGUUUUUGGGGACGUUUGGGAAUGCAAGACAACAAACCCAACACAAUGUAUAUUACCGAGCCCGAGAAAUUUUAUGAUAUGCUCCUAUCCGGAAAAUACCACGUACAAUCCUGGGAUAUGUUUACGGAAGACGUCGUGCAACUAGCGUACACUAAAGAAAACGGAUUUGUGGAGCGCAAUCCCAAUACCAACGUCAUUUUGGCGGCAUUUACAACAUGCUGGGCACGAUUGCACUUGUACAAUUUUAUGGAUAUGGUGAAAGAUCGGUUACUGUAUUUUGAUACAGAUUCGAUAUUUUUUAUCACAAGGCCUGGACUUGUUGAUCCUCCCACCGGAAUCUUUUUGGGAGACCUGACCAACGAACUGAAGCCAGGACAAUAUAUCACGCAGUUUGUUAGCUUGGGCGCUAAAACGUAUGCCUACGUCGCCAAUGAUGGAGAUGCUGUCGUCAAAGUGAAAGGCUUUACGUUGAAUGGGCAAACGAGUGAGCAAAUUAACUUUAGCACCAUGUUAGAGAUGUUGGAAAACCGGACUUUUGUAAAUAUUCAGUAUCCGGAUAUUCUUAAACGAGUUAAAAAAGAUCUGACUAUAUGUACCACUAGUAUGGAAAAACGCCUGCAAGUGACGUAUGACAAACGUCGCAUUGUUGAUGCGGAAUACAACACUUUGCCUUAUGGCUUCACGUUGAAAUAA